UUUCCUCCGCCGGUUCCACGGACGCAGACAGGCGCGAUGGAGAAGAUGAGCCCGGCUUUCGUGCCCGCGGCGACGCACGGAGUCCUGAAGUCUCUGCUGGAGAACCCCGUCAAGCUGCCGCUGCACCACCAAGCUUUCAGUAAGGAGCAGGAGAAGGAGAAGAGCCUGGAGGAGGAGCGCAGCGCCCCCCAGUCGGCCUUCCUGGGACCCACGCUGUGGGACAAGACACUGCCCUACGAUGGAGACGGCUUCCAGCUGGAGUACAUGGACCUGGAGGAGUUCCUGUCUGAGAACGGGAUCCCCUCCAGCCCGUCCCACCACCACCACCACCACCAGCACCAGCACGCCCUGCCGCGCCAGCCUCCCGUCAUGGCCCCGCCCCCACCCACACCCUCCGUGAUGGACCUCAGCAGCCAUGCCUCCACCUCCGUCCACACCGGCGUCAUGUCUCCUAACUGCCUUCACAGCAGCCCAGCCAGAGCAGGCCUCCCAGGCUCCAGAAACACUCCCAGUCCCAUCGAUCCGGACUCCAUCCAGGUCCCGGUGGGCUACGAGCCGGACCCGGCCGACCUGGCUCUGUCUAGCGUGCCGGGUCAGGAGAUCUUUGAUCCACGCAAGCGGAAGUUCUCGGCCGAGGAGCUCAAACCUCAGCCCAUGAUCAAGAAAGCUCGAAAGGUCUUCAUCCCCGAGGACCUGAAGCAGGAUGACAAAUACUGGGCUCGGCGCAGGAAGAACAACAUGGCGGCCAAACGCUCGCGUGACGCGCGGCGGCUAAAGGAAAACCAGAUCGCCAUCCGAGCAGGAUUCCUGGAGAAGGAGAACUUGGCUCUGAGGCAGGAAGUGGCCGACCUGAGGAAAGAGCUCGGACGCACCAAGAACAUCCUGUCCAAGUACGAGGCGCAGCACGGGCCUCUGUGAAAACACACACACACACAAACACACACAGACACUCCUCUGAGCUCACGGUUUCAGCGACUCGGCUUGCAGCAGGUCGAACGAUGACGUCCUCUGCUGUGAAUCACUUCAUGUGAACACAAACAUGUCCAGCGUCUUUUGUGUUCUCACAGAUCAACACAAAGUUCUCAGAGUUCCCAUCAAAGAAAUCUCACACAGUCAAACCCAAAGUGACCCUCUGUCAAAUGGUUAUCCUGUUUUGAAUGCAGGGAUUCGGUGUUCCUCAGGGAUCAUUGCUAGGGCUCCUGAAGUUCUGUUUAUUCCAAAGACUGAGGCUGGAACUAAUUAAUGGUUACAUGAUUUUUCAGUUUAUUCAUUCAAAUGUCACAAAAGCAUUAACAGAAAUCGUGAAAGAAGAACAUAUACAAGUAGAUGUACAUAUACUGAUUUAGAAAAAUGUUCUUGGUUUUUAUUAGAAGUUAUAAAAUAGAGGAAGGUAUCAAAAAACAUGUGAGAAAUGUUUAUUAAACCCAGGAUGCACUUUUGUUUCUAGUGUGGUGUACCAGGUGUACCACAGAGAUCAACUCUGGGAUACAUAAAUCUUUAUUUACACGACCAUUGAACCUGCCAAUGAUCACUAAUAGGAUGGAUCACUGGAUUAGAUUCUUGAUGAUAAGGCUUGGAGUUCUAAGGUUUUCCAGUGUUUCUGAAACAGUCCAACAUAAAUUCAAAACUUAGAUCUCAAAAGUUAUGAAAAUCUCAGAAUUAAAAACAAUUAAUUGAAUUUAAAGCAUUACGUCUUGCUUGGUUUCAAUAUUAAAAUGUAAAUUUUUGAUGAAAAAAAAAAAGAAUUAUCGAACUUUGAAUUGAAUUGAUUUAAUCUGGCAUUCCACAGGGAUCAACCCUCGAGACCUCUGGAGUUUAUAUUUAUUCCAGCCUCAUUUUUCAUUAUGGAUAAGUCAUCUGAUUUUUCUAAACAUAACUUUGCGAUUCAUAGUUUUGUCCAUCAAAAAAUUAGUUAGGUCUUGACUAAAAUAUUUUGGUGUUUGUUUUUUUUUAAGUAUAUUUACAGUCUAUAGUGAAAAAAUUCCAAAUGAAUUCAUAAUCUGAAUUCAAAAGAAGAUUAUUAAAGUAUUGUUUGAAUCAUUUAAAAAAAAAGUUUGUUUUUUUAUUGAUAGAAAUAUUGAUUGUAGAUUACUUGAGCACUUUUUGUUUGUUUUCAACCUUACUUUCUGCUGCGAGUUGACUUUAACACACCAACACCAGUUCCUCCUCACAAACUCCUCCUACUCCUCCUCAGCUCAUCACGCCAACACCAGCUACUGACCUCUGGUCUCUGACCUUUGACCCCGCCUCCUCGGCACUUUAGCACUACUGCAGACUCCACCCCUUUACCUGCAAGGCCGCUCCUGUCUGUCCAGACCUUCUUUUCUUCUUUUUGUUUGUUGCUCUUGGAGCCUUUUGUUUCUCUCAGCAGUAUUCAGUUAUUCACAAAAACAUAAAAACUAUUCUGAUAUUUCCACACAAGAAAAAUCCCCAAAUUGCCAAAUGAGUUUCGAUUUGAAACAUUUUUGUAAAAGCUUGUUACAUAAGCUGUCUUCUUGUUUAUUUUUUAAGGCAAACUGGGACAAAAAAUGAAUAUUUGCCUUU